AUGAGUGCUAGCCCUAAAUUGGUGUGUUUGGGAAACCCUCUUCUGGACAUCCAGGCCACUGUGGACGAGGCUUACUUGGCCAAGUACAGCUUGAAGGAGAACGAUGCUAUCCUAGUGGACGCGAGCUCAAACGAGCCUAAGAUGGCCAUCUUCGACGAGCUACUGCAGUUCCCAGAUGUUAAGUUCAUCGCAGGAGGCGCCGCGCAAAACACCGCCAGAGGCGCUGCCUACGUGCUGGGCGCGGGCAAGGUGGGCUAUUUCGGGUCUGUGGGCCAGGACAAGUUCUCCAGCAAGCUUCUCGCGGAGAAUGAAGCUGCUGGCGUCGUUUCCUACUACCAGGAGCAGAGCAAGGUCGGCACCGGUAAGUGUGCUGCCCUGAUCACUGGCCACAACAGAUCGCUGGUCACCGACUUGGGUGCGGCCAACCACUUCACUCCAGACCACCUAGACAAGCACUGGGACGUGGUCGAGAAAGCGGAGCUGUUCUACAUCGGCGGGUUCCAUCUAACGGUGUCGCCAGGGGCCAUUGUCAAGUUGGGCAAGCACGCCCAGGCUACCGGCAAGCCUUUUGUGCUGAACCUGAGCGCUCCCUUCAUCCCCCAGUUCUUCAAGUCCGCCCUAGAGCAGGUCUUGCCAUACACCACCUACGUGAUCGGGAACGAGUCCGAGGCCGCUGCCUACGCCGAGGCUUUCGGUCUUGACUGCAAGCAGGACGACCUGGCCUCAAUUGCCAAGCACGUUCUAGGAGGUUCUACCACCAGAACUGUGAUCUUCACUCACGGUCUGGAACCUACUGUGAUUGUGUCUGCGAACGACGUCGCCACCCGCCCUGUCAAGGCGUUGCCAAAGGACAGCAUUGUCGACACCAACGGUGCUGGUGAUGCCUUUGCCGCCGGUUUCAUGGCUGGCCUGACUCAAGGUAAGAACCUUGACCAGUCUGUCGACAUUGGUCAAUGGCUAGCUGCUCUCUCUAUUCAGGAGGUCGGUGCUUCCUACCCAGCUGAGAAGUUGCAGUACCAAGGUUAA